AUGGCUCUUUGUUUGGCUAUUUCAUUAAUAGUUCGUCGUGGUUUUGUACCUUAUGAUCAAUUAGUUCGUUAUAAAUGGUGGCUUGAGUCUGGAUAUAUGUCAUCCACUGGACGUUGUUUUGACAUCGGUGCAGCUACUUCUCAGUCACUACAUGAAUUCAUGCGUCGUCAAACAAUAUUUGCCAAAAAACAUCAUAUUCCUAUUGAAAAACUAGAUUAUCUUUCAGAUCAUGAUCAUCUCCGAAUGUUUCAAGUACACUGCAGUACGUCUGGUGUCGCUGGUAAUGGUGCACUCAUGCGUCUUGCACCUGUACCACUUUUUUUCCAUAAUUAUCCAAAAGAUGCUAUAGAAUUCUCUGGCUACAGUGGACAGAUUACUCAUGGUGAUACAAAAGCGUACGAUGCAUGUCGAUACUAUGGAGCUCUGAUUUGCGCCACACUUCAUGACUAUACAAAAAAACAAUUACUUGACGAAGACUUUUACAAUAAACACAAGGAAUGGUUUGGUGAUAAGCCACUUUGUAAGGAAAUUAAAAAAAUUUCUGAAGGGUCUUACAAGAAAGAGGGUGGAUAUAAAGAUGGAAUUCGUGGCAAAGGUUAUAUAGUCAAUGCUCUUGAAGCUGCCCUAUGGGCAUUUUGGUCUGAUAAUAACUCUUUUGAGAAAGGUGUACUUGCUGCUGUGAAUCUCGGUGAUGAUACUGAUACAACGGCUGCCAUUUAUGGUCAAUUAGCUGGUGCAUACUAUGGAUACAAAAAUAUUCCUAUAAAAUGGGUAGAACAUGUAUAUGCUAAGAAAUUUAUUUUAAACUUGAGUAGAUGGAUUGUAUAUGAAGGAGUAAACUGGAAGAAAACGGAAAUACUUCUUCCAUCUCCUCAAUCUGCAGUUAGUACCAGUAAUCCACUUUCUGUCGAACACCAAGUAUUGGCUGAAUAUACGGGCAAUGUUCCUCUUACCCAACGAAAUUCAGGAAAUAAGACAGUACCAAUUGGAAAACAAGCUAAUCGGCGUGGCAUUUUAGAAUUUGAGAAUUCGCAUGAUCAUCUGAGAUCAAACGCAUAUACAGGCUCUCAAUUCAAUUUGGAUGAUAUUAAAAGUUCUAACGUCAGUGAACAGACUACAGAAUUAAAAUUAUCACCAGUCUUCAGACCCAGUCCUUUUAUUAAACGAAAACAGAAUAUCCGAAAAUUACCAGGAAACAAAAUAAAUGCUGCUAAUUGA